AUGAAACUUGAUUAUGCUGGAACCGACUGCAAGGGCAGAAAGCUCCUGCAAGCGAUGCCAUCGCAGAAAGAAGCGCUCUUCCUCGAUGAUGAGACACAGGUUGCGUCUUACCCAGUCGCCUAUGUCCGCGGGCUAGAACGUCGAAUUAAAGAGCUCGAACAACAAGUUAAAGCCUCGUUGACUCCUCAAACCUCUCAGAAUGAUAUUUCUUCACAUCCUUGGGAUCAAGACAAUGAUCUCCCGCUGGCUGAAGGUCCAAUCUCCUCCGAAAACAUAACAAAUAACUCCACUCUCGUACAAGGUGCAGAUGAUACAAUACUGAAUUUCAACGAAUUUCCAAUUUCACCUAUGCUGAAGGACCUAGGACAAAAGCCAGAUGACCUAGCAGAAGAGCUGCGGUUACUGUCUUUGGAGGCGGCGGCUGAGCGCUAUUUGGGUUCCUCUUCCGGCCUCCCUCUAGCUAAACUCACCCAGGCCGUUCUUCGGCGACUAUCUCCAGAUCAAGACGGCUUUGUGUUCGAUGAAGACAUCAAUGAUGAUCAACAGCAAAGCUGCGACCUUGAUGUUAACGCUAUUCCAAACUUAAAUCCUAUUUCUUUCGAAAUGAAUCCUUCCCUGACAAGCCCCAUGCCACUAAGCUCACUUUUCGAAAACCCAACCAUUGAUGACCAUGAGAAUACAACGGGCCUUACUUUACUAGAGCCUGCUCACAUCAGCUAUAUCCUUGAAUUUUAUUUUGCACAUUCCCAUACUCUCUAUCCAAUCAUUCGCAAAAGUGACUUCGAGGAGGUCUUAUGGAGAGUAUACACCAAUCCUUUGGAUCCUUUAGCCCAGUCUCCACUGUGGCAAUUCAGAAUAUGGAUGAUUCUAGCAAUAGGUUCGACGACUCACUGCUCUGUUUCGUUGAUGGAUGAGACAGAACCGGUACGCUUUUUCAAAAAAGCCAUGACUUACUUCGAGCCGGCGAUGGGAUGUGGCGAUUUGGCCGGGUUGGAAGUUCUGAUGCUUCAAGUAUCAUACUCAUUUUUCAAUAAGAUAGGACCUAAUACCUGGUUUUUGGUGGGCGUUGCUGCUCGUAUGGCAACCGGAAUGGGACUCCAUACCUCGGAGGUAUAUCAAUCUCUCGCGAUCGAUGUUGCUGAGCAACAGAAACGAAUCUUCUUUUCGCUUUAUAUGAUGGAUCGUGUUGUUUCAUUGGCCCUUGGAAGGCCUUUUGCUAUUCAAGAUGACGAUAUAACAGUCGAGCCAUUUGCGGAUGCCGACGAUGAAAACAUCAAUUCCGACUCUAUCAGACCCUCUAUCAAGUUAGAACCUUCCACCAUGGCUGUUCCUCUCCAUAUCCUGGAAUUGCGGAAGAUUGCUAGUCAAAUUGGAACAACGGUGCACUCCCCCAAGCACGUUGAGCGACGGAGUCUGGAGACACGAAAUGAAACCAUUCAAGGACUCCACAGACGACUAGUCGGAUGGCGACGGAGUAUGCCGUUUCCUCUCCCCGAUCUACAGUCCAAGGUGCCUCAUCUUUGCACUAGCUGGUUUGAUCUGAAUUAUUAUCUUCACAUCAUCAUGCUUUAUCGCCCCUCUCCGCUCAAUCCAAAUUUGGACAUCUCCGGAAUGAAUAUUCUUGCGGAUGCGUCAGGAAUGGCUAUUCGACAAGCGAUCAAUAUGCAUCGCCAACAUCGAUUUGCUUACAAUUGGCUCAACCUCGUAGCCAUUUUUAAUUCAGCACUGUCACUCAUGUACACAUCUUCUGCACGGGCAGAAAGUUUGUCUCUGGUUAUGGAUCAUACCAAAGCACUCGCCGAUCUUGAUCUGGCUAUAGAGCUAUUGGAUUCCUUUGCGGAGAAAUUCCCUUCUGCGAAGAAGAUACAAGGCAUGAUUCGAGCAGUGAUGGAGAGACUCGGAGUAUAUAAUAUUUCCUCGGUGGCAUUUCAAUAA